UCUCCGACUGCGGAAGCAGCGCAGCACGGGAGACCUCGAGAAGCGCGGCACCGGCAGCAGCAUCCGCUCCACCAACAGCAGCGUCUCCUGGAUGAGCACCGACUCGAGCAAGUCGCACAUGACCAACGGCAGCUUCCACACGAGUCCAAUGGCAGCUUCGUGGUUGAGGACGAGCAGAUGGACAGCAACACCACCGAAACGUACAUGGGCGAGUGGAAGAACGACCGACGCGUCGGCUACGGCGUGUGCGAGCGAUCCGACGGCCUCAAGUACGAGGGCGAGUGGUACAACAACAAGAAGUACGGCUACGGCGUCACCACCUUCCGCGACGGCACCAAGGAGGAGGGCAAGUACAAGAACAACGUCAUCAUCACGUCCAACAAGAAGAAGCACCUGUUCCUCAUCCGCUCGGCCAAGUUUCGGGAGCGGAUCGAGGCGGCCGUGAAUGCCGCCAACCGCGCCUCCAAGAUCGCCCUGCAGAAGGCUGACAUUGCUAUAUCCAGGACAGCGACGGCGCGAGGCAAGGCGGAGCAGGCGGACAUCGCGGCCCUGCACUCCCGGGAAGACUCCGACAUCGCCCGCAUACACGCCAAACAGUUCGCUCCCGAUUUCCACCAGCCAGGUAACUCGCGGCGCGCGCCCCCGUCCAUUCGUCUUCCGCUGAGGAGGCGCUCCGGAACGGGUCCUGGUACGGAGCAGGGACACCGCGACCGGUCCCGCUACUGA